AUGAAUAGAGAGGAACUUUUGACCCUUUCGAGAACGACUUCUCAUUCUUAUAAAAGUGGUUCAACUAAUCAAUCAAAACCGAAUGGUAAUGGCAAUGGCAAUGGCAAUGGCAAUGGCAAUGUCCCAACAAGUACACCAAAUGGCGGCAAAUCCGAACAUGCGAAACAACCUUAUGUAUUUGCAGAUCCAGUUGCUUUCAGGCACGGAAAACCCUCUCCUUUCAACUCAGGAUUUGCCACUAAUUUGGUACAUCCUACUUUUGUUAUUACGACUUACACGGGCGACGACAGACAUAAAAUUCAAGUAGGGGUACUGGGGAUUCCUGCAGAUAAGGAGACAUGGAAUCCAAGGCUUCGAGUGUACUUCAACGCCAUUUCCCAAUAUCACGCCAGACCCAAGGACACGCCAUUGGGCACAUUGAUGGUUACGAAUCUGAGCAGCUUUCCAUCCGGCUUAAACGUGAUUCCUGUACCUAAUGGAGAUGUAAGGAAACAUAGGGAGGAUUUUAUUGUCAACGAGAAUCUGAAGAGGCUAGGAUGUUCUGGGAGAUCCGGCAUGAGUCUCCAGGCCCCGGCGGCUGCAACACAGGCCAAAUUCUUUCAACUAUAUAGAACGAGCGAUCGAAUCCCUCUCUAUGGUGCUGUCAUCGAGCUAGUGAAGCUCUGUCAGGUGGCUUUAAUGAUAUUCGGAAAGUUAGAACAGGAAUACGCGGAUGGUUGUCUUUGUGAUGUUACGGAGAGAGCAAUAAAUGAUUGGUGGACGGAGAUUGGAUCCGAAUACUAUAAUAUCGAACCAUCCGAUGGCAUUCUUGGUCCUACCACUGUGGCAGCACUUCUAGGUUUGCUCAUGGGUGCUAGAAAUCGACUCAAUUACUAUGGAGCCCCGGUGGCCAAGGACGCAUUUGAUGUUGUUAGUCUCAAGCGUGGUAUAGCUUAUUUUCAAAAGUCUCAGAAAAUGGAGCGCACUAGGAGGCUGGAUAGGCGCACUCUACAGCGAUUACAUCAAGCCACUGCAAAAGGUGCUGCAGGUGAUGGCUGGGCAGUUCCCAAAGCGGUCAAAUCGACCCUUGCAGAAGUUAGUGGGAAAAGUGGUGAAAUGGUCAUGGGAAUGGUCGGUCGUGAUAAAUCUGGAAUCGCCGAUAUAGAAACCUGGGAUCUAGAACGCUUGAUAAGUCUGGUACACGGAGCAAGAUCGAAAUGGUUAUGGUAUGGAAAAUCUAGACGGACAGGUGCCGACGAUCAUGGCAAAUCAGAAUCCGCAGCAGCUCAUAUGUCUUUCACCAAGGAUGACCAUGGUGGGUACAUGUGGUCUCACAGCAGAGCUGAUUCAAUACCGGGAGAGGACGAUGCAGAUAGCCGCAAGAAAGAGGUCUCCGACGACAUAUACUCUGCUCAGCCGCCAGGAUCGGCCACGAGCAUGUUAGAAACUUCAAAUGACCGAGAAACGCAACUUCACAAAGCUGUGUUUAAAAAAGCUACCGGGAAGAUGAGUGAAGCUAAGCAAGGCUUUGGGCGGAUCAAGGACGCCGUUGGGCUACGUGGCCACAGCGGUAAACACUCGAAAGAUGAAGCCCGUGAUAUUGAUGAGAACGGUGGUUACUUUAAUCCGGGACAUCUGACUGGAACACCCCAUGGGCUGGGUACACCAUCCAGCCCGACAGUUAACAAGGCAUUUAGUUGGAAAGUCAAACCAGGAGAUUAUGAAAAUGGGUUUCCAAAAUCCAAAGACUUUACAACCGGGUUAGCGCAAGCUGGGCUGCAUGAAAGCGAUAGUGAAUCGCCUCCCGAUCAUUCAAAGACGAGCUUGUUGGAUCCUACUCCAACUCCGAACGCUUUACAAUUGGAGGAAAGGAAGGCCGCGGAAGCUGAAGAACAAUGGCAGGCACAGGCGCAAGAGAUUCGUCGUGAACUUGUGGCAAAGGAGCCUUCUAUUUCAGGCUCCAUUUGUGACGAGGGUGACCUUGAAGGUCCAGUUCUAGAGGCAGAACGUAGUGACAAUCAUAAUUUUGUGGCAAUACUUCAUCGUCGGCAUAGUAUCUCCGAUGCGUCUCACAUGAGGAGGCCUCGCUACGAGGAUCAACUGCAGCGUCAUGUGUCUUUCAGCGAUGCCGAAGACGCUGUUUUAACCUGGGAGCCAGUUGGAAUCAUUGACAAGUUUGAUGAAUCAGACAACUGGCUUGCAUUCCAAAAUUACAAAUUACUCCACGAGGAUUAUAAACGAAUUUACGAGAAGAUAUUGGACCUUCAAAAAAACUUGUGCCCAUGGGUACGAAGGAGGAUUGACGGUAUCAACGCUUUGGACGAUCAAGCUGCUUUGGACCAAGAAAGUUUGCAAGAGCUACAUAUGCAGCUAAGCGAGGAAUAUCAAGAACUAAGGAACAAUACACCAGAUUUUCUUGGCGAAGAACGAUCACAUGUCACAGAAACUCUCAAGGAUAUUGAUGUCCUUGGAGCCAAACUUGAGUACGAGCUUAAUUCUCUUGUAUCGAAAGUACAGGACGUAGAGGAUGGUGUGACUCAAUUCGAAAGACAAGUAGAUGACUUGGAGACACGAGCAGAUGAAUUGGAAGAUAUUUUUAGAAAGGAAAGUUGGGUUCAUUGGAUUGUUCGCUCUAUUACGGGGAUUGGUACUAGUCCAAAUAUUGUGGCACCAAGUAGUCCUUGA